AUGGCGAGCUGGAAACUUGGCAGGCAAGAAGAACCGUAUGACCUGGAGCUCCCUGCGGGGGCUGCCACUCACUUGGGGUCCCUUUCUCCCUUCCAGCGCAAGAUCAGCUACGAUAUGUUCCCUCAAACCCAUCCAGAGGCGGAAGAUAAGAAUGCAACAGCAGCGUACAAGGUCUCAAAUAUAAAACGAUUCGGUAGUCGUUACGGUUCUGGCUUGCUGGGCCUCGGGGACCAAGACAAGUUGCGAUGUGACGUGGAGAAGUGCUACCGGCAGGAUCUGAAAUUGGUUGAAUCUGUUUUCACGAUCGACUCCAUCACAACUAAUGUACGGGCCCUCUCGGCCGCGACCAUCCUGUGCCACUUUGGCUCUCGCGUCUGCGGCUUGCAGGCCGUUUUGCAUUAG